AUGCAGAAAGCAGAGCAAGCUGGCUUAUCCCUCAGCGAUGAUGCGGUUCAGGCGUUGUUGACGAUCCCCGCGUCGCACGCGUCAGAGAUCUUGGAAGCAGUGGCUGAGAAACACACCGAUCUUCGGGAUCCGUCCAAUUAUGUCAUCGCCACCAUUACUCGAGGAUAUGUGCCCCGUUCAGAUGGCGGUGGCAAAUCCGGAGGUGGCAAGGGCGGCCCUGGCACCUUGUACGACGCCAUCUAUGGCUCCAAAGUCCAGCCCACUGGCCACAUGACCACCAGUGCUUUGAUCCCACGUCCCUUUUGGCUUCUUCAAGCUGGUGAAUCCAUCAGCCGGGAACCUCAGAAAGUCCUGGAGCACAGCAGCUGA